CCUGGAAGUUUCCCUGCAGACGUCACUCCUCGCGACUUGGAACUUUAAACAUCGCGCUUCUUGUGCCUCCCAACCCCAUACCCACCACAAGACUCCCCACAACCACAAUGACCGAUCGGCGAGAUGGUCAUUUCCGCCGUGGAGGCGAUAGAUCCUACAUCGGCGACAGAGACAGGCGGCGCGAUCGAGAACGAGGCGCAGGCGGCAGGGACCGUGACGGCGACAGCGACAGACAUCAUGACCGGGCCCGCGACCAUGGCAGGGACAGGGACAGGGACAAAGACCACCGGCGGUACCGCUCACGCUCCAGAGACCGAGGGGACCGCCGGCGCUCUCGGUCUCCCGGGCGCGACAGGGGUUACGAUCGGCGCGGCGGCGAGAGAGAUGGGGCCCAUCGACGGCGGGAAGAUGACCGAGCAGUGCCUCAACGGGAUCGCGGAGACAGGAGCAUAAGAGACGAGUGGGAGCGACCGGAGCGAGACAAGCCCAGCCGCGAGAGGGACAGAGACAGAGAUGCUCGUACGGCGACAGAGUCACCCCGCCGCUCAGCCAGCCCCAAGCGUGUGUUUGAGAGGAAUGGUGAUGAGUUCACACAGCUGCCCACGCGCUCAAAACCCAGCAGCACAAAUACCCCCACCCCGACAGCGCCCGUGUCAUUCAAGGUUAAAGGCCGGGAUGGCAGCCACGGACCGGAAUCACGUCAGCAGCCUACAUCAACGCGGGAGAACAGCGAGGAACAAGAGCGCCACUACGAAGAUGAGGACCGUCACCAGUCGAGAGGACGGUUCGACGCAGAUCCCAUGGAUGAAGAUGAGGAGGAAGUGGUGGUCGAGGACGACGGCCUGGAUGAUAUGGCGGCUAUGAUGGGCUUUGGAGGCUUCGGAUCGACGAAGGGCAAGAAGGUGCUAGGGAACAACGUGGGUGCGGCAAGGAAGGAGAAGAAGACGGUGUACCGCCAGUACAUGAACCGUAUUGGUGGGUUCAACAGGCCGCUUAGUCCGACGAGGUAAUGAGGCGCCGUGGCCAAAACGGGGAGCGAGAUGUGCAUUGUUGGUGUCGAUACCCAUGUAGACUACGGAAUACAUACUUGCGAAACAGCACGAGGGGUUCCAAUCUCGGGACUGCCUUUCGUUCAAGCUAUGGACGGUCUGUGAGGCUUGAACCGUCCGCAAGAGAGACUAUUAAACUGUACGCAAACAGCGCACAACCAUCGUAGGCCGCGUUUUAUCUCUCUCAGUUUCCUGUUUACAUAGCAGUCU